UUAAUAUUUGACGUUUCUCUGCAGUUAGUUAGACUUGAAUGAUCUAUAUAACAGAAAAAUCGGAAAUUCAAACUCACUUCUUUGGGUUCUCUCGUCUCUGCGUUACAUCCUUCUUCUCUGAGCUCUCUCCGCUCGAUCGAUCAUCCAGGUAACGCCGCAAUUGCGAUUAGCUUUCUUGAUUUAGUAUGCAGAGAUAAAGAUACUAACUUUCCUCCUUUUAACUGCCUCAAGAAGUAAUCACCUGUUGAUUUAUGAUCCUAUAGUUGUUCAAGAGAUAUAACUCUUCUAUAGAUUACACUGAUGCAUGUUCUUAGCUCUGUGAUCCUACUUGAUUGAUUGGUAGAAAUUGUUUGAUCAAACCAAACAUUGUGCUUUCUGAAGUUUAGCAUCUCUGUGGAAUUAUAAUCAUUUCAUUGUUAUAGCUUUUGGAUUUUUCUCUAUGAGAGUUUUUUCAGGGUUUGAAGCACAAUGUUUGGUUUGAAGCAACCAAAGCCGGCUGGUUCUGGGCCUUCUGGCUCGAAUCCUUUUGAUUCGGAUGAUGACACCUUAAAGCCAUCAAAUAGGAUUAACCCUGAACCUUCUCUAGCCGCUAAGAAUCUCAGCUUAAACUCUUUUGAUGAUGAUGAUUGUGAUGAGAAGAGAUUCACUACUUCUUCUAAACCCUCUUUGGAUCUGGAUGCAAAGAGCCGGUACAGGAACGGUUUUCGUGAUUCUGGAGGUGUUGAGAACCAGAGUGUUCAGGAACUUGAGAGCUAUGCUGUGUACAAGUCUCAGGAAACAACCAAAACCGUACAAGGGUGUCUGAAAGUAGCAGAGGAGAUCAGAUCAGAUGCUGCCAGGACUCUGGUCAUGUUGAAUGAGCAAGGAGAGAAGAUCACAAGGACGCACCACAAGACUGUUGACAUCGAUCAUGAUCUCAGUCGGGGUGAGAAACUUCUUGGAAGCCUCGCUGGCAUUUUUUCACCGACUUGGAAGCCAAAGAAGACUCGUUCCAUAACUGGUCCUGUUAUAACUAAAGGUGAAUCACCCAAGAGGAGAGUUAACCACUUGGAAACCAGAGAGAAGCUGGGGUUGAACCAUUUGCCCAAACCACAAUCAAGAACCCAUGAACCGCUCCCUGAAUCCGCUAAUGCCUAUCAGAAACUAGAGAUGGAGAAAGCAAAGCAGGACGAUGGACUUGCAGAUUUGAGUGAUCUACUCAGCGAACUGAAGAACAUGGCUGUUGAUAUGGGAACUGAAAUCGAAAGGCAAAACAAUGGACUUGAUCAUCUUCAAGACGAUGUCGACGAGCUUAACUUCAGAGUGAAACAAUCUAACCAACGAGCUCGCCGUUUACUCCGGAAGUAAAACUAGUUAGCUUCUCUAUUCUCUUGAUCAUUUUGUUGCUUUAAACUCAUGAAACAAUAGAUUGAAUCUAUUAGAUUCAAUGUUCUAAUCCUGAUCUUAAUAAACAAUUGAAACAUUUGACUUCAACAA